AAUGCUCCAUGUCUGACACCUUAUUGGCUCGUGCCAACAUAUCCAUUGGUGCGCCUGUGUCCAUAGUCCGUUUGGUGGACGCUCUUCCUUUGGUGCAAUCGAUCCGAGUGACCUUGCCUGUGGCCAUUCCUGGGAUAGAUACUGAGCAUGCCCUCUGCUUAAUUCAACAGUCUGUAG